AUGGUCCCUGUCCGCUGGGCUGGCUCUCAGACGAAGGCUCAGCAGAAGAUGACUGACACAACCGAAGAAGCUGGCACACCGGAUGACGCCGACUUGGAUAGUGAUGCUCGAGACGAUGUGGCAUUUACCCUUGCCGAGGCACUUGAAAACGAGGCACUGGACGAAACCGGAACGUUCGAGGACGCUGAAGCACGCGAUGCCGGCGAGCUGGAUGAGACGACGGACGAGGACGGAGCACUCGACUUUGCUACGGCGCUCGAGGACGCUGCUUUAGAUGACGCCGAGGCACUUGAGGAUGAGGAAGCAUUUGAAGAAGCCGGGAUGCUGGAGGAGGCUCGGCUGCUUGAGGCAGAUGAAGCACUUGACGCGGAAGCUCUGGAAGACGCCGAGGCCCUGGAUGAGGCCGCAGAGCUGGCUGAAGACGCGGCACUGGAGGAUGAUGAACCAGACGAAGCCGGAGUAUUCGACGAUGCUGAGGCACUCGAAGACGCAUGCGCACUUGAGGGCCGGACGUUGGACGCCGAAGCACUGGAUGAAGCCGACGCUUUCGAUGAUGCAGAACCGGAGGAAGCCGCGGCACUUGAAGCUGAAGAGCUUGAUGCUGCUGAAGUCUUUGAAGAUGCCGAUGCCUUUGAUGAUGCUGAAGCGCUUGAAGCUGAAGAGCUCGAGACUACUGAAGCCUUGGAGGAUUCUGAUGCCUUUGAUGAUGGCAAUACGCUUGAUGAUACUGAAGCCUUUGAAGAUGCCGAUGCCUUUGAUGACGCCGAGGCACUCGAAGCCGGUACACUUGAAGCUGACGCACUCGAGGCUACUGAAGCCUUUGAUGAUGCUGAAGCGCUUGAAGCUGAAGAGCUCGAGGCUACUGAUGCUCUCGAAGAUGCCGAUGCCUUUGAUGAUGCCGAUACACUCGAAGCCGGUACACUUGAAGCUGAUGCACUCGAUAUCGAUGUCUUUGACGAUGACGAUGCGCUUGAUGAUGCUACUGCACUGGAUACUGAUGAACUCGAAGACGCCGACGCUUUUGAUGAUGCCGAGGCACUCGAGGAUCCUGGCACACUUGAGGACGCUACCGCACUGGAAGCCGAUGCACUCGAAGCCGAAGAGCUCGAGGAUGCCGACACACCCGAGGAUGCUGAUGCUGACGAUGCACCCGCUUGUCUCUUGACAACCCGACUAGCACGACAAGCCAACGCAGCGUUUGCAGUCUUUCGGUCUCGGCAGGCCUGUAUCUCGGCCGGCACUAUCUCUUCCCUCCCCGAGACGUCGAGCCUCAAAUCCUUGCCUGGCUUCCACACGGCAACAGCCUGGUAA